GUCUGCGGGGCGGGCUCCAGGAGGUCCGGGGGAGGAUGGAGCAGUGAGCGGGGCUGGGCCGCUGCCGGCAGCGCCAUGGAGACCGUGCAGCUGAGGAACCCGCCGCGCCGGCAGCUGAAAAAGUUGGAUGAGGAUAGUUUAACCAAACAACCAGAAGAAGUAUUUGAUGUCUUAGAGAAACUUGGAGAAGGGUCCUAUGGCAGUGUAUACAAAGCUAUCCACAAAGAGACCGGUCAGAUUGUUGCUAUUAAACAAGUUCCUGUGGAAUCAGACCUGCAGGAGAUUAUCAAAGAAAUUUCUAUAAUGCAGCAAUGUGACAGCCCUCAUGUAGUCAAAUAUUAUGGCAGUUAUUUUAAGAACACAGACUUGUGGAUUGUUAUGGAGUAUUGUGGUGCUGGUUCUGUAUCUGAUAUCAUUCGAUUACGAAAUAAAACGUUAACAGAAGAUGAAAUAGCUACAAUAUUACAGUCAACACUUAAAGGACUGGAAUACCUCCAUUUUAUGAGAAAAAUACACCGAGACAUCAAGGCGGGAAAUAUUUUGCUAAAUACAGAAGGACAUGCAAAACUGGCAGAUUUUGGAGUAGCAGGUCAACUUACAGAUACCAUGGCUAAACGGAAUACAGUGAUAGGAACACCAUUUUGGAUGGCUCCAGAAGUUAUUCAGGAAAUUGGAUACAAUUGUGUGGCAGAUAUCUGGUCUCUGGGAAUAACUGCCAUAGAAAUGGCUGAAGGAAAGCCCCCAUAUGCUGAUAUCCAUCCAAUGAGGGCAAUCUUCAUGAUUCCUACAAAUCCUCCUCCCACGUUCCGAAAGCCAGAGCUGUGGUCAGAUAACUUCACAGAUUUUGUGAAGCAGUGUCUUGUAAAAAGCCCUGAGCAGAGAGCCACAGCCACUCAGCUUCUCCAGCACCCAUUUGUCAAGAGUGCCAAAGGAGUGUCAAUACUGCGGGACUUAAUUAAUGAAGCCAUGGAUGUGAAACUGAAACGCCAAGAAGCUCAGCAGCGGGAAGUGGACCAGGAUGAUGAAGAAAACUCAGAGGAGGAUGAAAUGGAUUCUGGCACGAUGGUUCGAGCGGUGGGUGAUGACAUGGGCACUGUACGAGUGGCCAGCACCAUGAGUGAUGGAGCCAAUACUAUGAUUGAGCAUGAUGACACGUUGCCGUCACAACUGGGCACCAUGGUGAUCAAUGCAGAGGAUGAGGAAGAGGAAGGGACUAUGAAAAGAAGAGAUGAGACCAUGCAGCCUGCAAAACCAUCUUUCCUUGAAUACUUUGAACAAAAAGAAAAGGAAAAUCAGAUCAACAACUUUGGCAAGAGUGUACCUGGCCCACUGAAAAAUUCUUCAGAUUGGAAAGUACCACAGGAUGGAGACUAUGAGUUUCUUAAGACUUGGACAGUGGAGGACCUUCAGAAGAGGCUCUUGGCCCUUGAUCCCAUGAUGGAGCAGGAGAUUGAAGAGAUCCGGCAAAAGUAUCAGUCCAAGCGGCAGCCAAUCCUGGAUGCCAUUGAGGCUAAGAAGAGGCGGCAGCAAAACUUCUGAGUGCGGCGGUACCCAGGCGAAUUCUGGAUUGCUCAUCUCACGUUCGUUAGCCAGCACUUCUGCUCUGUCAUUUCUCCACAGCACCUCUGUGAACUCAGGAACGUGCGCCGUGGGAAGGGCUGCUCGACGGUCAUCCUGCCACCUUGAUGAGUGCAUUUACAUUGGUCAGGUAUACUAUUUAAAAGGAUUUGUAUUGGCGCUUUUAACUCAGAGUUUUAAACCCUAGAAACCAGAGACUCCAGUUAAGUUAUAGCUGGGAAAGUUUUAUGUUGUCUUUUUGUUUUUCUUUUCCGAAUAGCUUUUGAUUGUUCUUUCUAGAAGACUUUUUUAAAACAUAUAAAUAUGCACAUAUAUAUAAAUUAUAAAGAUUCCCCACUCAGUGUGGUGGCAUCUCUGUACAGGUACAGUUUUGAACAGUUUUGCAUCUUUUCUGUAAGAUUAUGGUACUGUGGAACAUGAGGACAGAGGACUCCAGGAGGCUGUGGGGGAUCACUGACUCCCAGCAGCCAGCCUGACCCUUUGCAGGACUGCAUUUAAAAAUUAGGCUUGGGAUGGUGCUUGCACCAUGGUUGCAGCCUUGAGCAGUCAUCACUGGCUUCUGGAGCUAUUGGUGAUGUCCAGGGAAGCCUUGAAGAUUUGUGUUUGUUCUUUGAGUCCCAGGAGAAGCCUGGCAUCUUCUUUGCAAAUCGGCCUUUGCUGUUUCAACGCCUUUCAUCCAUCUCCACUUUCCCAACUGCCUAAAGUCACAUCACAGAUACUGCCAGUGCCUUAAGAGGAGACGUGAUCCAAUGAAGGGACAAGACUACCGGAAUUCUUAGUGAAUGUGGGGAUGUAUUCAGUCCACAAAGGGAAAGGGUUUUUGAAGUUCUCAUUGUUCGUGUGAAAAAUCACUUCUGUGAUGUUUUGCUCUGCCUUCCUUAUAGACAGGAAUAGAGGGCAUUACUUUUAUGAUCCACAAAUGUGUGACUUUUUUUUUCUUUUACUGUUAAGGGUUCUGAAAAAGACAAAUGAAUACCAGAUUAAAAUUUGUUCUUCAGGAGGCUUAAUCCACACACAUAAAAUGCCAUAUGGAACCAUAGAGAUCAUCUAGUCUGACACUGUUGUAUAGAUGGGAAAACUGAGGCUUUGAGAGGAAAGUGACAUGGCCAACAUCACAGCCCACGUUAGAGUGAGAGAAGGAAUUGAAACUCAGGGCUCCUCUCCUGGGCCACUGAACUGAGCAGCCCCUUCCCUGAGGAAAGAGACUUGUGUCAGUCUUGAUUAAGGAAAUCAUGUCAACAGAAACUAGCUCUUCUUGCCUUGCCUCUUCGGUAGGUAACCUGGAUGUGAAGAGAGUCCUCAGAGGGGCCACGUCGUUUAGUCUCAGCAAGUGCAUGAGCUCUGCACCAUCUGCCAGUAGCAGACCAGCACCAUGGAGGCAGACUUAGGGCCAGAAGCAGGUCGGAGGGCUUUUCAAAAGACAGCAUGGAGCUGUCCUGCAGCUUUGGCUCAAAGCCACAUUUACUCACACAGCAAGCAUAAGACAGUUGAGAAAGACAAAUAUCUUUUUGUCUUCUGAUAUUUCUUCUUCCCUCAGGGAAGCCAUGACUGAGUUGCACCUAAGGAUACUGUAAUUUGAUUCCAUAAUUGCUUUUGCUCCUUGGACCUGAGAAUCAAUGGAAAGGCAGAGAAUGUUCCUCCUCUGUGACUGGCUUCUGUUCUUUGCACUUAAGCAAGUUUUAAAAAAUGCAAGAGGCAGUUGGUCUUCAAGGCUUGGCCAGUGCCGCAGCUAUGUGGCAGAUGUAGAAAAAUAGAGGGCAAUUUGAAGAUCUUGCUGGAAUUACAUUUGUUGACCACCUGUUGUAUGCCAGGUACUGAGCUAGAUUAAUUAAGUUCCAAAUUUCACAGUAAUCCCAUAGAUGAAGUAUUUUAUCUCCAUUUCAUAGAAGAAGAAAUGGGUUUGCAGAGAAAGAUUCCUUCCCUUAGCAGUACAGCUAGUAAGUGGUAGAAUCAGGAUUCAUAGCAUCACUCUGUGGUACUAAUAUUUACAGGGAAAGGGAAAGUCAUGAGUCUGAUUACAAAGAAGUGACCAUGUUUUGCACAGACUCUAAGUGGCAUUUUUAAGUUGGAAACCAGCUGAACUCAUAGUCAAGUCUGACAGCCAAGUAAGUUUUAAAAACCAAAAUAUUGUAUUAAUUAACAGUUCUGCCUCAAUCUUUUUCCACUUUAAACAAAGAACUUUGAGGUUGAUUAGACAGGAGGAGAAAGCCUGUUUUUUCCUUUACUAAACAAAGUCCCAGAAAAGGAAAGCUCAGUGUUUUUUUUUCUCAUAAAUAUUCUUGGGCCAUAAACCUUGAUCUACGGUUUGUUUCAAGUAACACAUGGACACCCACAUGUCCUACAAAGUCACCAUUGGUCAGAGUCAGUAUGUUUUGGAUCAGAGUAAUUUCCUGGGGUGUUUGUUUUCUAGUGACAGAAACAGCAGGAGCAAGUCCUAGUCAUUUUUUCCUUGAAUGCUAAGUUGAGAAUACUUCAGCUCGCUUCCAGUGGACUUGAGUAUUUACAAAUCAAGCUUCACGGGACUCUGAGACUCUCAGAAAAACCAUGGCCCUACACCUAAUUGCAUCUUUAAAAUAUCUCAUAUUCUUUAGAAAUAUCUAAAUUGUUUCCCAUUAGUAAAUUUGAAACACAUUUUUUUUUGCGGUACUGGGGAUUGAACUCAGGGCCUUGUGCUUGUGAGGCAAGCAUUCUACCAACUGAGCUAUCUCCCCAGCCCACUUGAAACACAUUUCUAUCUUUAUUUCUUGUUUAUCCCUGUCCCCAAUCAUCAUUUGAAUGGAUGAGAAUUUGGCUCACUGGGGGUGAGAAGAGGGUUGGUGGGUGAAUAGACAUAUGGACUGAUGGCUGAAGCAAUUUAAGAGCUGUAAUCUUGACUCCUCAAAACUAUAGACUCCAAUCCGAGAAACAUUUAUUUAGCACCUACAGGUGCCAGAAAUGUAUUAUGCCAUUUAGAACUCAGCAGCCCUGGGACUGUCAGGGAUGAGAUGGCGCCAUUUCUUUAUAGCCUACAAAUUUUUUAAAAGGCUGAUAAUUACAGAAUAUUUUUAACAACUUUACACUAAUAAAUUCAACAAUUAAAAUGAAAUGGACAGAUUCCUGGAAAAAUGCAAAAUGCUUAAGUUCACUCAAGAAGAAAUAGAUAAUCUGACUAGCCAUCUUCCAAAACUUAAAAACUUUGAGAGAGAUAGGUAUCAUGUCCCUUGUUCUACAGAUGAGGAAACAGGCUGAGAGGGAAAGUCUGUUGCUCACGUUCAUGUCACUGGAAUAUAGCAGAGCCAGGAUUCAAGCCCAGAUCCUCUGCCUCUUGCUCUUGUGCCCUUCUAACAUACCAUGUUGCCUCUGAAGAUUGCAGCUCCUUAUUUAUGAGGAAAUUGUUCCUGCCCACUUCAGACUCCUCACCUCAUCGGACCCCGCCCCAUCUUUCUUAAGCACUGUGUCUAUGUCUUCAUCAGGUAUUCAUUGUCUUUGGAAUUCACAUUUUUAUUUGUGUUUGGGGGGAAAAAAUCUCUUCCACCAGCUUGCACUUGGACCAACUUAGGGGACAAAGAGGCUUAAAUGCUGUUGCUGAUAUACAAUUUUAAAAUGUGAAGUUUGUAGCUUUAAUUUUUUGUAAUAUAAACUUAUAACACUGGCUUAAUUGCUGACUUGAAAUGCUAUUUUGUAAGGUUUGGAUGUAAAUAAUCAUGUUGAGGUCAGCAGUUUGUAUAUGUAUGAGAUAGUUUCCUCCACUGCCGCCCCCCCCCUUUGUUUUUGUUUUAUUUUUGUAUUUUUAAUUUGAGAUGCUUACCGUGUGCUUUUAUGUUAGAAUUGUUUUCCCGCCUUUCUUCUUCCUACAUCUUGUUUUAAAUAAACUGUCCUUGGGACCACA